AUCAUGUUCGACCCGGACAAUAAUAACAGGAGAACAAAGAUGGCGACGUCCCUGCUCAGGUUAGGUCGACUUGGCUCUGUCAAGGGUCUCCUGCGUGAGGGCUGGGGGACACCUAGGACCUCAUUUAUUGCAGCUCUCUGCACUAAAGGGGACGUCCCACCCAAAACAGCAAAGAAGGCAAAGGCUCCAAGUAAGAGUAAGACCGAUGAGAGGGCCUCUCUACUAGCCUACAAGCCCACAGUUGCCUUCCCUUCUAAGCUGUCUGCCACAGGAUUUCUUCCCAAAGAUGUAGCUUUAGGUGAGUCUGAAACCAUUGAGGCUGUUUCCACAGCCGCUGCAAGUGAGACGACAGCUGACGGUCCAGUUGCUGAUACAGCAGCAGCUGAAGUUGCUGUCGAAGAGGCAAAGAUCACUGAAGUCCCACCUACUAAUGAAGUCUCUACAAAAAGCAAAAGAAGUAAGGCCUCAGAUGUUGAGGCAGAAGUACAGAAAGAUCAAGACAAUAGCUCUUCUUCAUCCUCAUCCUCAUCCUCCAGUGAUUCUGAUUCAGACUCGGAUUCUGAUGAUGAGAAACCAAAGACUGAAACACCAGAAACACUAAAGUCUGGAGAGAAAGCAGCAGAGGAGAAGAAAGCUCCUGAACUGACGACUGAACAAGUAGAUAAGCGAGCAUUGCCUGAAUCUGCCUCAUUUGGAGAAGCUCAAGAAAGUGCAAAAACUGUGACUAAAGCAAAACCAGAAGAGGUUCCUGCACCAAGUGCCAAACCAGAUGGAUCAGAUGAGAACCUUAUUGAUCCUGCCCCUAUAGUAUCAUCCUCCACAACCGAAUCGAUUCCAGAAAUGUCCAGUGAAUACAUAAAAGCUGACACUACUGAUAAGAUAGUGGACACCGCAACAGAAGUUAAAACGGCUGCUGUGGAGGAGAUUGUUGUUGAAAAGGAACCAGAAAUCAAAGCUGAAGAUGCUGUCAAAGUUGCUGCAGAAGUUGUCCCAGACGUCCCUACAGAAGCCAGUCCUGAAGAAGUAGUAAAAACGGCUGCUGUGGAGGAGAUUGUUGUUGAAAAGGAACCAGAAAUCAAAGCUGAAGAUGCUGUCAAAGUUGCUGCAGAAGUUGUCCCAGACAUCCCUACAGAAGCCAGUCCUGAAGUAGUAAAAACUGCCGUUGAAGCGAGUCCUGGAGUAGCUUCUGAGGCUUCUGGAGAUGUUGCAGCUAAACCUGAAGAUGCAUCAUCCAAAGCUGAGGCAGGAACACCGGCAGCCACUUCAGAAGAGCUGGUAGACCCUGCACCUGUGGCCGCUGAUGCUGUGGAGGCUUGGGCUGAGACCAACGUUGUGGAGACACCUGAGGAAAUCAAAGCUGAAGAUGCUGUCGAAGUUGCUGCAGAAGUUGUCCCAGACGUCCCUACAGAAGCCAGUCCUGAAGAAGUAGUAAAAAUGGCUGCUGUGGAGGAAACUCUUGUUGAAAAGGAACCAGAAAUCAAAGCUGAAUAUGCUGUCAAAGUUGCUGCAGAAGUGGUCCCAGACAUCCCUACAGAAGCCAGUCCUGAAGUAGUAAAAACUGCCGUUGAAGCGAGUCCUGGAGUAGCUUCUGAGGCUUCUGGAGAUGUUGCAGCUAAACCUGAAGAUGCAUCAUCCAAAGCUGAGGCAGGAACACCGGCAGCCACUUCAGAAGAGCUGGUAGACCCUGCACCUGUGGCCGCUGAUGCUGUGGAGGCUUGGGCUGAGACCAACGUUGUGGAGACACCUGAGGUAAAAAUGGCUGCUGUGGAGGAAACUCUUGUUGAAAAGGAACCAGAAAUCAAAGCUGAAGAUGCUGUCGAAGUUGCUGCAGAAGUUGUCCCAGACGUCCCUACAGAAGCCAGUCCUGAAGAAGUAGUAAAAAUGGCUGCUGUGGAGGAAACUCUUGUUGAAAAGGAACCAGAAAUCAAAGCUGAAGAUGCUGUCGAAGUUGCUGCAGAAGUUGUCCCAGACGUCCCUACAGAAGCCAGUCCUGAAGAAGUAGUAAAAAUGGCUGCUGUGGAGGAAACUCUUGUUGAAAAGGAACCAGAAAUCAAAGCUGAAGAUGCUGUCAAAGUUGCUGCAGAAGUUGUCCCAGACGUCCCUACAGAAGCCAGUCCUGAAGAAGUAGUAAAAACGGCUGCUGUGGAGGAGAUUGUUGUUGAAAAGGAACCAGAAAUCAAAGCUGAAGAUGCUGUCAAAGUUGCUGCAGAAGUUGUCCCAGACAUCCCUACAGAAGCCAGUCCUGAAGUAGUAAAAACUGCCGUUGAAGCGAGUCCUGGAGUAGCUUCUGAGGCUUCUGGAGAUGUUGCAGCUAAACCUGAAGAUGCAUCAUCCAAAGCUGAGGCAGGAACACCGGCAGCCACUUCAGAAGAGCUGGUAGACCCUGCACCUGUGGCCGCUGAUGCUGUGGAGGCUUGGGCUGAGACCAACGUUGUGGAGACACCUGAGGAGCAAGCCCCGGAGAAAGCCCCAGAGCCGGAGCCCUUUGACAACACCACGUACAAGAACCUGCAGCACCACGACUACAACAUGUACACCUUUGCUGAUGUGGAUGUAGAGCUGUCUAAAUACCGUCUGCCCCAGCCUUCCGCAGGCAGACACUGAGCCUGUGUUAUUGCUACCUUAGUCCACAACCCUGCUUCUUCCACAUGUUCACUGUUCCUCAGACGAUUUACUGGCAAAUCUCAAGCUUCAUGCUAGAAUUCUAUAAUUAUGGAAUUAAAAUGAUUUAACUUCUU